AUGUUUCCACUAUGGAUGGUGACCUGGAAGUUUUUUGAUGGAGAAAAGGCAAGAGGCGCGAGCACCGCCAAAUGCAAUGCGUUUUUCCCGAGUCGACGCUAUUCCUUUUGUGUGGUGGUAUCCGAGGUGGAUUAUAUUUCCCGUUGUGUCCUAGCGGCCUAUCUGCCGCCGUCGCCCCUGGACGCUGUCAAAGUUGUCAGAUCUUCCGUCACAACUCAGGACAAUGACAAGAAGGUACGGGUACGUUUAAAAGUGGGCAAAAGAUGGGAAGGUGUGGGUGGAGGGGUGUGCGUGGGCAAGGGUCGGAGAGAGAGAGAGAAAGGGGAAAAAGAAGAAGAAAAAAGGAUAUUACUGGAGUGGAGUGGGGGAGUCCCCUGUCCCUUUAUUCCCUAGAUCCAUGGAGGGUGUGUGUGUGUCAAAGAGGGGUAGAGCCGCGAACACUGUGUUGGUAAACUUGGCAGGACAGCGGCUUGGGUCCCGGUAUGUACAGUACUAGGUAGGUACGUGGUGGAAACAUCAGAUGGGGGCGAGCGACUUAUGUAAAGCAAGCAAAAUAGGCCAGACCCAGGUCCAGUACCUGACCGAGUCCACAGCUGGGAACGAAUACGCAACCCGCCAGGUGGUUUUUGGCUCCGCGUUUUUUUCUCUGUUCAAUUUGCAAAAUGCAGAUCAGCAAACCCCCUACCAGAUAUGAAAAUAGUCGAGGCAUGGUCACGAGAAAUAAAGGGGGGAAGAGACAGAGGCCGUCGCUCACAUUGCAUUGUACAAAUUAGAUGGAGAAUUUUCACAAAAAGAAGUAGAUGUACGCAGUCUUAUAAAAUCAUUGGCACAAAACCGACCGCACAUCCUCUCAUGCUUUAUGUAUGUUGCUGAACAUGGAC